AUGAUCAUGUUAAACGUGGUGUUGAUUCUUCUAGUGCUUGUGAUUGCCCGCGUACAAGCGGAUCAUGGUCCCUAUUUCCAGUCUGCUGCUUAUGACGAAGGGAAAUUUGGGGAAUGGCCUACCGAGACGUAUCGAUCGUCGCCCAUCGUCGGCCCGGCAUUGAAUUAUCUGCAGUAUAGCGAUGAGUGCAAGGAUGGGCUUUACACGUUUAUCGCGCCCCGAGGGAAUAAAGUAGCUAACCCAGGGCCGAUGAUCCUUGAUCAAGACGGACAUCUUGUCUGGACAAAGCGUUAUGGGCAAUCUUAUAAUCUGAAUGUCUACACGUUCAAAGGGCAGGAUUAUCUAACUUUCUGGAUGGGCAAUGAUGGCGUUGGGGGACAUGGAGAGGGAGCAUAUUAUAUGCUAGACUCUUCCUACCGAGAAGUAUAUAAAAUCAACGCGGCCAACCAUCUCCCAGGAGAUCUCCACGAAUUCCACAUCACACAAGACGACACCGCACUAAUCACCAUUUACGACAUCAUUCCUGCAGAUCUAACAACAGUCGGCGGUCUCGAAGAAGGCUGGAUCUGGGACGGCACGUUCCAAGAGCUUGACAUCGAGACAGGGAAAACUCUCUUCCAAUGGCGAGCAUCCGAGCACUUUAACUUCACCGACAUGAAGCGGGACCGCGAAGGCAAUGGCGACUCUGAUGUCCACCCAUGGGACUUCUUUCACAUUAACAGCGUAGAAAAGGACGCCAAGGGAAACUAUCUGAUCUCAUCCCGCUACGCCAGCUGCCUCACCUACAUCGACGGCCGCACAGGCGACAUCAUCUGGCGCCUCGGCGGCAAAAACAACGACUUCACAGACCUUUCGGACGGCGCAGCUACAAACUUCUCCUGGCAACAUCACGCCCGCUUCCGCGACAACGGCACGGCCAUCACCAUCUUCGACAAUGCCUCCCGUGGCGCAGGCGCCCCCGAACUACCCAGCCGCGGCCUCUACCUAGACAUCGAUCAAGAAAACAUGACCGUCAAAGUCCGCCACGAAUACUGGAACCCAGACCCGAUUAGCAGCCAAUCGCAGGGCUCCGUCCAGCUCCUCACCUCUAGCAACGGCAACACAAAAGUUCUCGUAGGCUACGGCCACAUCCCAACCUGGACCGAAUACGCCUCCGAUGGCACCGUCCUCUGCAACACGCACUUCGGCGCCGCCUCCGGCGACGGCAACAUCAUGUCCUACCGCGUCCUAAAAUACCCUUGGGUCGGCCACCCAACGACGUCCCCCGACAUCUCUGCUUACAACUACACAGCCGCAGCGAGCUGGAACGGCGCCACCGAAGUCGUAACCUGGGCUCUCGAAGGCGCGGACUCACCCAACCCAAAGACAUACACAUUCAUAGCUGCGGUGCCCAAAUCCGGCUUCGAAACCGUCAUUCCCAUUCCCGCGGACACAGAAUCAACGUACAUCCGCGCCCAUGGCCUAAACUCCACAGGCCAUAUCCUAGGAACCACCAAACUAGUCCGCUGGGAUCCAGAUUCUAAUGAAGCAGUCGUGGGACGGCAUGAUGAGGAUGACGGGGAUUCACCUGUCCACUCACUACUUUUCUUCUUUGGGGGGUUUGCAUCGGCUGUUGUACUCGCUUUUGCUGGUUGGUUUAUAUACAGAAGAUUCAAGUCAAGGACGGGCGCGCAGAGUACGGAGGACAGAGAACGGGGAAACUGGCAGCCGCUGGAUCGGUUUAACGGCGACGAAGACUUGAGUGAUGGAGAGAUGGAUGAUGUUGAGUUCGCGCUGUUGCGGGGUGAGAGGUCUGGAAGUUGGCCUGAAGAAGAUGAUGACGAUAGGUGUACGGGGAAGUGA